AUGUGGAUGCUAUGGAUGUCCCGGGCCAGCGCUGGGUUGGAGCCCAUGGCAUCCCAGCCAUCUCAGGAGGGCAUGGUGGUGAAGACCCCGAUGGAGAACUACUUGAGCGGCUCUUCGUGGGCUGCGGGCUUUCUGCUUUCUCUGACGGCCAUGCAGACAGGGGCUCUGUCAGUGGUCCGCAAGUCAUGCGAGCAGGAGGAGCUGGUUUGGCUCGUCGCAGCCUGCCCUGCUGCUCUCGGUUUGGCAGCUGCCCUGCGACUCAUGCAGCUCCUCUCCAAGAAGCAGUUGGCCCACGCAUGCUUGCAGUUGGGUGUUGUCCUGACGGAAUUGCAGGACAACGGGGUUGUGGAUAUUUGCCUGUUUGCCGCCGUCCUCGCCUACUUCUUGCUCAUCCUCGUCCUGGUGAGUGCAGAUACCUCGACCAUGUUGGUGGCCCUGAGCGCGCUGGGCGGUUCUGUGUGGACGGUGCUGAAGGCCCUGAGCGCAGCAAGGGAUAUCGAUCGGAGCCUGACAUCGGUGGAGGUGAACUCUGCCUGCUUCGCGGAUAGCUCGGAGAGGCCCAAGAUGGCUCUACUCCCCUGGAGCGCACUCCUGUUGGCGACCCAGGGCGGGAAGCUUGAGGACCUCCGCCGACUCCUCAGCUCCUCGAGCUCCUCCACAGAGUCCCGGGCGCCCGCAGGCCUUGCCAUGCGGCUUGCCGUGCUGCACCAAGGAGCCGUGGUGCACUUCUUGAGCCACUCCAAGGCGGGAUUCUUGAUGCUGCCUGCCUUCGUGGCCAUGGUGGCCUCGUCCUGGUGCAUCUCCGGUGCCCACAUGACCGCCUAUGCUUGCUCGGCCGGUCAGCUCACGGACUUAAUGCUGGCCAGCUCCACGCAUUCCCUCGCCUACGUGCCAUGGCAGACCCACUACCAAGUCAUCACGGACACAUCUUUCCAGCGGCUUCCCUUGGUGGCCUGGGUGCACCCUUCCACAACACGCUCGAUGUCCUUACGCCAGCCAGAUCCUACAUCCGGGUUGCCCCCUCCACCCCUGUCUAUCGCCAUUGAGGACAAUCAGAGCUCAGCUGUGGAAGUUGUGGAGCUUGCCCAUCGUCGCGUCCCGCGUGCAGCGAGCAUCAUGGUCCAGGGCCCGCGCCCAUCGCAACCGGAGACGACCUAUCAGGUGCGCUUUGCGCCCUUGAAAACGCUGCCUACGGUGCUGACGAUCAGCGCCCAGAGCUUCCGUAGGAAAGUGGUCUGGUCCUCUCUGCUUGGCAGUGUCGUCAGCAUACCCACAGGUGUGCAGGACGUCCACAUCACCGUCAGCUUGACGGACUUCGUCCUGGGGCUUCCGCACCCUCCGAACCACCGGCCCAGCCAGAAUGCUGGGCUGUGGACCGAGCACCACCCGGUGAUAAAUGCAAGCAAAGAGCGUUGCUCACGGCUGUGUGGGCACAGCUUGGACUGCUUCGACGUCUACCCUGGAAGACAUGGUUGCUACAUGGUAGUCGGCGACCGGCAUCACUGGGAGGCGGAGGGCGAGCUCGAGGCGGUAAGCAAUGGCACCGGAGCGGUCUCCGUGGGCUCCCCGAACCCAACCUACACCGAUCGGGUCAUGCGAGGCCGCCUGGACGGCUGUGCGAUUGCACCGAAGGAAGCAGAGCAAGAAGAAGCAGAAGAAGCAGAAGAAGAGGACAAAGAAGGAAUGAACGGCGCAGCUUCCAUGCCCUGCAGCCCGCCCGUCGAGGCAGAGGCAGGCCAGCUCAUCUUCAGGAAGGUUCGCCCGGACUGGCGCGGCAACGAAGCAACUCUCAGCUUUGCCCUGGAUGUUGAGAUCGGUGGGCAGAGGUUUGAGACCGGAUUUAUGCCGGUGUUGCUCCGCCAGGGGCCGCCCCAAGCAACGAAAGCCCUGGUCAUGCUCCUGGGCAUGAAUGCCAGCGGCACGAAUGUGCUGAGCAGCCAGAGCUCGGUAGACGAUGAAGGCAAUAUCGUCGCCAAUGUCUCUGAGUAUGACCCAAUGGCCUUCAGCAGCUUCAAGCUGCUGGUGAUGCCGCUGCUGCCAGACCCGGCCUUUCGGGCAAAUUGGUCCGAAUGGGCCCCUGCCGGCGAGGCUGAGAAGAAGCUCGCGGAGAAGCAUGGCCAGUGCUCGGAGAGUGGCUUCGUGAGGUCUCGCUACGCGAUUUGUGCUGCUCAUGGUGGCGUCGCGCAGGAGAGAUCUCUCUGGGACGAGCCCAUGGCAGUCCGAAUUGACCCAUUCAGGGGCCAGCCAGAAUCCCCACCCACCUUCACCGUUGUGCCCCGCAGGGCAAAAAAGGACGGCUGGGACCAGACAUGGUCCUCAAAGGAUCAUUCUGUGACCAUAGAGUUUGGCAGUGUCGACAGCCCCGCGGCCUGGGCAGCCAAAAGGCACGGCUGUUCUAUCCUCAAUUCCAGCGCAGCAGAGCGAGGCGUCCUUACCUCAGCAGAUGCAAUUUGUCAUCUGCUUCCCAAGUGCGAAAUGCACGAAAUGCAGCUGUGCGGGCAGGUCCGCAACGAAAGCCUGGGGGGCCACGCAAUCUGGGACUGGAGCUCACGAGUCAUUGAGCGCGUGAGAACCUCACCGCUGUUGGCUCCAAAGGGUGUCGUGAAACUGCUGAUUUGUUUGCAGGCACAGGCUACAGCAUGCAGCCGGAGCAUCCGCCGGGAGUGGCUUUAUGAAGAGAGCGGGGGAGGUGUUGGCCUGAAAGGCUACGGCGUGCAGAUUCCCAUGCGCACCCUGCUUCAGCAAGUGAACAGCAUUCCGGGCGGCUUGGCAUUGUUGCAGGAGAUCCGGGCCAAGCUGCCAAAGAAGGAAGCCGCCCGCUUCGACGAGGAUGCCGCGAAGGAGGUCUGGUGGCUCCCGGAGCCCUCCAGCUCCUUGCUGUCCACCAUGGCAGUGAUGAGCGAGGACCUGGCCGCACUUGUGGCGGGCGCGCUGAUCCGGAGCCCAUCGGUGAAGGUCCCGCCCAUGACUUCGCAGCUCCAGGAGGCCUUCGCCAACGUCACGAAGCUUAGCAUGAUGGACCUCGUGGAUGCGGAGCAGCUCCACAAGGUGGCGGCACUGGCGCGGCUCGUGCCGAGCCUCCAACAGCUGAUGCUCUCCUGCGCCCGCUGCUCGCCCCUCCGCAAGGUGCCCCCACCAGAGAGCCUAGAGGGCCUCUCUCAACACCGCGAGCUCCAGCACCUGAGCCUCAUCAACUUUCAGCUGGCCCUCCCGGCCGAUGUGUUCCGAGGUCUGGGUCAGCUGCAAACCCUACGGCUGGACCGCAAUCAGCUCAAGAGUCUACCAUCCGCGGUCUUCCACGGCCUUCAGAAGCUCAGGGUGUUGAAUCUGGACUCCAACCAGCUCCAAGCACUCCCGGCCGAGGUAUUCAAGGGUUUGGACCGUCUGGAGCAGUUGCAGCUUGUGCACAACAAGUUUCCGACCCUCCGCGCCGAUGUCUUCGGGGGCCUCGGCCGGCUGAAGACCUUGCGCCUGAAUCACAACAGUCUCAGAAGCCUCCCGGCCGGUCUUUUCCAGGACCUUAGCCAGCUGAUAAAUCUGCACCUAGAGGGCAACCAGCUGGAAAGCCUAGAUGGCCAGAUUUUCAAGGGCCUCCAUGCGAUGGAGAAGCUGUGUCUCAGCCAGAACAAGCUCAAGAGCCUCCCAGCGGAUGUGUUUCACGGCCUCGACCAUCUGAAGGAGCUGCAGCUGAGGUUGAACAGCCUCAACGCCUCGGAAGUCUGUCAACGCAAUCCGAGCAUUCGAAUGUGCUACUUCUGA